AUGGACAUUUCUUUAAUAAGCGGCUCAAUAAACCAAAACAACCACCAACAGCAGCAGCAGCAGCAGCAGCAGCAGCAGCAGCAGCAGCAGCAACAGCAGCAGCAGCAGCAACAGCAGCAGCAGCAGCAGCAGCAGCAGCAGCAGCAGCAGCAGCAGCAGCAGCAGCAGCAGCAGCAGCAAUAA